CUGCCAGGCUCCCUAAGGUGGAAUUUGCCCGCCAAGAGUUGUGGUGAAUGUAGUUCAGAAACCUCCACAGGGACCGGCAGCCUCGGCGAUGCCCAACUCUCUCCCAGUGUUUCAGAUUGACCUGGAAUCUUGAGGAACGGAGGUCUGACUUAGAGGAUCAGGCGGCCCUCAAAAUCGAAUUCACCCCGUUAAUAAACAAAUUCAUUCACAAAUCCCGUGCCUUACCCACAGCUGCAGAAGGAGCAGCACAAACGGGGGAGGGUGGAUUCCCUAUUUGCAAAUGAGGAAACCGAGAUUCACAGAGGGACGGCGACCUGCCCAGGUUACGUAGCAAAUAGGUGGGAUCAGGCGUGCAGGCACCCGACCGCUCCCCUCUCACCUAGCCCGACCUAAAUCAGGAAGCUGUGAAGACAGUGGGGCAUUGUGUGCUGUUAUAAAUUGGGUUCAGAGGAUGGGGCUGAACGCAGGGAGGGUGCUGCCUGGGAGCUGGGCCACACAGGUGACCUUGCACAGGUGGAGAGGGGGCUGGGGCGGUGUUUGGGGACAGACAGGUAGAAGGAAGCUGCCCUGGGUAACCAAGCCGGAAAGAGAAUGGUCUGAGUCUGGGUAGAGGGGGUGGUGAUGCAAUGAUGAGCUGGGUGUGGGUGGGAGGUAGUUAAUGGUGCUGAUGCCCAGCCAGUGGGUGUUACGGUAGGUGUCGUUAACCUGGUAGGGGGAUAGCUGCACGGCAAGAAUGAGGUGGUGCUUGUAAAGGGAGGACAGGAUUUGAGAUAAUAGGUGCUUUCUGUGCCUACGAAGCAGCCAGUAUUUGGAGCUGAGGACUCCAAAGACUACCAGAGACUGUUCUGGCACAGCUACAGAGGCCAGGGACGUGGGUGCCUCAUAGAAGGCUUACCAGCCCCAUGGGUCCCUGGCACUAUCUCUGUGAUCAUCUCUCUGUACCUCAGUUUCCUCAUCUUUUGUCUACUCAGGACAGAUCUGAGGGUGAAACAAUACAGCACAGAGUAGGUAUUCAAUUAGCAGUCGCUGCCUCCGUUUCUCCUCAUCAAAGCAGCCCCAUCCCAUUCCUCCGCCAGGGGCUGACACUGGCCUUAGCGCUCCAGACCAGUCUCUCUGAUGAGGCCCACAGCACUGGGCUCCCCAGGCCACACACCGCUGGAAGACGGGGAACCUGUCAUGGUCAAGUUGGAAGACUCUGAGGAGGAGGGAGAGGCUGCCCUGUGGGAUCCCGGCCCAGAGGCUGCACGCCAGCGUUUCCGGCACUUUCGCUAUGAGGAGGCAGCAGGGCCCCAAGAGGCCUUGGCCCAGCUGCGCGCCCUGUGCCGGGACUGGCUGCGGCCCGAGGUGCGCUCCAAGGAGCAGAUGCUGGAGCUUCUGGUGCUGGAGCAGUUCCUGGGCGCACUGCCACCUGAGAUCGAGGCCUGCAUAAGGGGACAGCAGCCAGGCAGCCCUGAGGAGGCUGCUGCCCUGGUUGAGGGACUGCGCCGGGAGUCAGGAGGGCCCCGGAGAUGGGUCACAGUCCAGGUGCAGGGCCAGGAGGUGCUAUCAGAGAAGAUGGAACGCUCCGACUUCCAGCACCUCCCUCAAACCAAGCUUCAGACUCCAGAACCUGGGCCUGAGAAGUCCCCUGAGGCCACACAGGAAUGCUUGCUGGCCCUUCGGGUGAAAGAGGAGCCUGAGAUUACAGAGGACCCAGAGCUCCAGGAUGCUGAACCUCUAGUCAAGCCCCAGGAGGCCACUUCCACUCCCCAGCCUGAAGAGGUCCAGAGCUGUGGGAUAGCACUGGACCAGGCCUCUCCCCACAGCAAGACUGGGCCUGAGGGGCCCUCAUGGAGGGAGCACUCUGGGGCCCUGUGGCAGGAGGACGCUGGCAGAGUCUUCUCUCAAGGGCUGGAGUGGGUCCAGGCAUGGUUGUCUGUCAUGAAUGAGUGGAUCCUCCUGUGCAAUACAGGGUUUGCACUCCAAAUAGACAGCGUCGCUGCUGGCCCUGGCACCGUGAGCCCCCACCUCCAUAUCCCGUGGGAUCUUGGUGUGGCCAGUCUUACAGGCCAACGGCUGUCACCCUCCCAUGAAGGUAGCGUUCCCCACACACUCCUGCUCUCCAGCAACCCAAGAAGUGACCAGGAACCUAUGGAUGAGGAUCCCCACUACAGCGUGGGCUCUGUACUGACCACUGCCCGCUGGCGUGCCCCCAGGGGCCGGGGCCGCGGUCGCGGCCGCCCAAACACAGGUGCUGGAGCGGUGCGAGGUGGCCGAUGCGACGUGUGCGGGAAGGUGUUCAGCCAACGCAGCAAUCUGCUGAGGCACCAGAAGAUACACACCGGAGAGCGGCCCUUCGUGUGCGGUGAGUGCGGCCGCAGCUUCAGCCGCAGCUCACACCUGUUGCGCCACCAGCUCACGCACACGGAGGAGCGACCAUUCGUGUGCAGCGACUGCGGCCAGGGCUUCGUGCGCAGCGCGCGCCUGGAAGAGCACCGACGCGUGCACACCGGAGAGCAGCCCUUCCGCUGCGCCGAGUGCGGCCAGAGCUUCCGGCAGCGCUCAAACCUGCUGCAACACCAGCGCAUCCAUGGAGACCCCCCAGGCCCUGGCGCUAUGCCCCUAGCUCCUACUGGCGAGCCAGAGGCCCCAGGCCCCUUCCCUUGCAGUGAGUGUCGUGAGAGCUUCGCGCGGCGUUCCGUACUGCUGGAACACCAGGCGGUGCACACGGGUGAUAAAUCCUUCGGCUGCGUGGAGUGCGGAGAACGCUUUGGCCGCCGCUCAGUGCUGUUGCAGCACCGGCGUGUACACAGCGGCGAGCGGCCCUUUGCCUGCGCUGAGUGCGGCCAGAGCUUUCGACAGCGGUCCAACCUCACGCAGCACCGGCGUAUCCACACAGGCGAGCGGCCCUUCACCUGCGGCGAGUGCGGCAAGGCGUUCCGUCAGCGGCCCACGCUCACGCAGCACCUGCGCGUGCACACGGGCGAGAAGCCCUUUGCCUGCCCCCAGUGCGGCCAGCGCUUCAGCCAGCGUCUCAAACUCACGCGCCACCAGCGGACACACACUGGAGAGAAGCCCUACCGCUGCAGCGAGUGCGGCCUGGGCUUCACGCAAGUCUCACGGCUCACUGAACACCAGCGCAUCCACACCGGCGAGCGGCCUUUCGCUUGCCCUGAGUGCGGCCAGAGUUUCCGGCAGCAUGCCAAUCUCACGCAACACCGAAGAAUCCACACAGGUGAGCGGCCCUAUACGUGCCCUGAGUGUGGUAAAGCCUUCCGCCAGCGGCCCACACUCACACAGCACCUGCGCACCCACCGGCGCGAGAAGCCCUUUGCCUGCCAGGACUGUGGCCGCCGCUUCCACCAGAGCACCAAGCUCAUACAGCACCAGCGCGUCCACACUGUAGAGUAGCCAGCACUGCACCGGGUCUCUGCGUCCACCCCGGUCUUCUGUGUGGGCGUGGGGGCAGAACACCUACCUCACAGGGUUGUUGUGAGGUAUUAGCAGUGUGCCCGGUACCUGACCCACAGUGGUGCUCAAUAAACAACAGAUGGAACCUGG